AUGUGUUCUUGUCUCCUACAGCUCAGUGAAGGCGUCUCUGCAGGACAAGGACUGGGGGUGGAGAUCCUCGUUACUUUCCAGCUGGUCCUCUGCGUUGUGGCAGUCACAGACCGAAGGCGACAUGACGUUUCUGGAUCUGUUCCUCUUGCCAUUGGACUCUCUGUUGCAUUGGGGCAUUUGAUUGCGAUCGACUAUACUGGAUGUGGAAUGAACCCAGCCAGGUCUUUUGGCUCCGCAGUACUAACUAAAGACUUUACACAUCAUUGGAUCUUUUGGGUUGGCCCAUUGAUCGGUGGUGCCGCAGCCGCUUUUAUAUACGACUUCAUCUUAGCACCAAGAACCAGCGAUUUAACAGACCGCAUGAAAGUGUGGACCAACGGGCAAGUGGAGGAGUACGAAUUAGACGGUGAUGACAACACCAGGGUUGAAAUGAAACCAAAAUAG